GUCAACUUGGGAGCUGUUGAAUGAAGGCCAACACUAAAAGAUUAUCCAGAUGAACACAUUCAAACCAGGCCACAAAGAAAAGGCAAGGCGUCUGAGCUUCUUCCUCAUCCUCUGCUUCCAUUUGGCCAGGGCCCCUCCACCGGGUUCAUGCAAGCACUCCAUCACCCAGGACCACCUUCUGACCCUCCGAAAACUGAUUCAAAACCAGCUAUCAAGUGGCUGCUCAAUUAGAUAUACUUUCAUAGAGCGGCAACACAUGAGUGAAGUUUGUUACAUCAAAGCUGCAUUUCCACGGAUCCUGGAUCUACUCAAGACCCAUUUUCAAUAUGUCCCAAAAUCAGACAACAACGGCUAUGUUACAGCCUUGGAAAAUGUCAUUUAUAACAUCUACUCCCACAGAUGUAUUCCUGAAAUCAACGAGGAAGAGGAGGACAAUCCUGAGAAGUUCAUGAGUGACUACAAUACAUCGCCUCAAGAGGGUCUGCAGAAAGCCCACGACGUCCUGUCUAUGUACAUGAACCUGAUGACGGAGAGCAGAGAGCCUUUAAACUGGAGCUGUGAAGAAGAGUAUGCAGUGGAUGUUCUUGAAACUCAUGAUGUUCACCACCUCACACAAAGCACUGCUCGCUGCCACUGUCCCUCCACAGAGGAGUGGCCAUCCACUUCAGAAAUCUACGCAGCAACAAGCAAACAGACAGACCGGCCUCCAUCACAGUUCACAACAGAGACUCUGGAAAGCUCCUCUCAGUCACACGAUACUACAACAGCCACAUCGUGGUCAUCCCAAACAGCUGGCACUGCUGAUGACCACACAGACGUUUCGGACUUAAAGGGACAAAAAGGCAGCAGUACAUUGCAUAGUGAUCUGCUCACUGGACCCACAUUUAAACCACUGACAGAGUGAGAUCUGUAUCAUGGGGAGAAAAAAAAAAAAAAUCACAAUCAAGCCCCAUAUAAUCCAGCAUUCACAAUUGGGCUCUUUUCUCCAUAGAAGUGGAAACAUCGUUACUGUUUCACUGGCAGUGGUGUAGUGAGCAAGGCCACAGUUUCCUGAGAAGCUAUACUGUGACGUUUGGUCGGUCAAGCCAUGCUGUUGUCUCCAAAGCCUAUUGGAAGAUCUGCAGAGACUGCGGAUGACCACUUCACCCGGUCUUUGAAACCCUCAUGCAAAUGUGUAAUGUGUAUAUACAGUAUGAGAGAGAGAGAGAGAGAGAGAGAGAGAGAGAGAGAGAGAGAGAGAGAGAGAGAUGACCAGAUUACUACUCUGGUUUAAUUGCUAAAACACCUUUUUUUAAAACCUGCCACCCUUUUCUCAAAACUAUAAACUCAAAUCCCAAAUCUCCAACCUUACCUCAAAACAGUUGUAUCUGUGCUCAGAGCCAAACACUGCCUUCAGAUCAUCUCAUAAAGCAAUCAAAAUGAAAAACACUACUGAGCAGUCAUUAGACAAUACAUAACAAAUGGAAAACUCAAUACAAUACAAUACAGUAAGCAUUUUGCAUCUUGCAUCAUUUAGCAAAUCAAAACAAAGCAAAACAAUUUCACAACUCACUGGAUUAAACAAUUUAUUGAGAAUAGCGGUUUGUGUUUACAGUCUUGAGAAAGGAGUGAAA